GCGCGCCCACUCGUGGUUACUUCUCAAAUCACAUAAAAAAAAAAACGAAAGAUUCUUUUUUUCUGUUUGUGUAGAUGCUUCUUCUUCUUCUUCUUCACUUCCUCUAGAAAUAUCUCAAAACUCUUCUUCUUCUCUCUGCGAUUUUCUCCUAUGGCGGCUUCUUCUACUACUUUCUCCUCACUGCUACCUGCACCACCGGCACUCCUUUCCGACAACCGAUCUCCGCCGCCGUGCUGUUCCGUCAGAUGCUCUAUUUCUUCAUCGCCGGUGCUCAUUAGCUUCCCCAGAUCGUCUCGUUUGAGCUUCGCUUCACCGGAGAGGAGAAAUCUCGCCGUGAAUUCGACGGUCGGUGAGGUAUCCUUUCGCGAACCGUCAACAUCUGGAUCAGGAGAUGUUGAAUCGCUGAAACUCAAAUUACUGAGUGUGGUUUCGGGAUUGAACAGGGGACUUGUGGCAAGUAUAGAUGAUCUACAGAGAGCCGAGGCGGCUGCUAAAGAGCUUGAAACCGCUGGUGGACCGGUGGAUUUAACCGAUGAUCUUGACAAGCUCCAAGGUAAAUGGAGGCUCUUGUAUAGCAGUGCCUUCUCUUCUCGUUCUUUAGGUGGUAGCCGUCCUGGACUACCCACUGGUCGUUUGAUUCCUGUAACUCUUGGCCAGGUGUUUCAAAGGAUUGAUGUGUUUAGCAAAGAUUUCGAUAACAUUGCGGAAGUGGAAAUAGGAGCUCCUUGGCCAUUUCCGCCGUUGGAAGCCACCGCGACACUGGCUCACAAAUUCGAACUCUUAGGUACUUGCAAGAUCAAGAUCACAUUUCAGAAAACAACAGUGAAGACAUCGGGAAACUUAUCGCAGAUUCCUCCGUUUGAUAUCCCGAGGCUUCCCGACAGUUUCCGCCCACCGUCAAACCCUGGAACUGGUGAUUUUGAAGUCACAUAUGUUGAUGAUAACUUGCGCAUCACUCGUGGGGAUAGAGGUGAACUUAGGGUAUUUGUCAUUGCUUAAAGAAAGUGUCUUGAAAUGUAAAGAUUAAAUACUUUCUGCUUGUUGAAGCAGCCUCAUGAGUUUUGUACAAAUCGUUUGAACAAGUAAAUGAAUGUCUUAUUUGAAAAAGUCAUGAAUUAAAUUUGGCUUG